GGGAAGGACACAGGAAAGGGAGGGGGUGAGUGCGUGUCCCCCGCUGCCACACACACACGGGCACACGCACACACGCACGGCAGCCCGGGAGGGGCAGGCGCCUCCUCCCCGCAGCCUUAAAACCGGCCAAGUCCCCCCGGCGGGGCGCAGCGGCGGCUCCCGGCGAGCUGCAGCCCCCGACGGGGCGGCCCGGCCCCGGGAUGCACCCGAACGGUUCUGCCCCCGGCGGCCCCCCCGGCCCGCAGCCCAGCGCCUUUACCAACGCGUCCAACCGCUCCGACCCGCUGCUCCCCAAAGGGCCCGACGAGGAGGACCUGGACGUCAACACCGACAUCUACUCCAAAGUCAUGGUGACCGUCAUCUACCUGGCUCUCUUCUUGGUGGGCACCGUGGGCAACUCCAUCACGGCGUACACGCUGGUGCGCAAGAAGUCGCUGCAGAACCUGCAGAGCACUGUGCACUACCACCUGGCCAGCCUCGCCUUCUCUGACCUCCUCAUCUUCCUCCUCUGCAUGCCCAUCGAGCUCUACAACUUCAUCUGGGUCCACCACCCCUGGGCUUUCGGGGGGGCCGUCUGCAAGGGCUACUAUUUCCUGCGGGACGCCUGCACCUACGCCACGGCGCUCAACAUCGCCAGCCUCAGCGUGGAGCGCUACAUGGCCAUCUGCCACCCCUUCAAAGCCAAGAGCAUCAUGUCCCGCAGCCGCACCAAGAAGUUCAUCAGCUGCAUCUGGAUCGCCUCCUUCCUCCUCGCCAUCCCCAUGAUCUUCACCAUGGGGGAGAUCUACUUCAAGAACCAGGAUCCGGACUCCCUCAUCUGCACCACCAUCGUGGAUGCCUCCACGCUGAAGACAGUCAUCCAGGUCAACACUUUCAUCUCCUUCGUGUUCCCCAUGGUCGUCAUUUCCGUGCUCAACACCAUCAUCGCCAACCAGCUCCUGGUCAUGUUCAAGCAGGCGGCCCAGGAAAACCAGGUGUGCACCAUCGGCGGGCAGCAGACGAUGCUCAGCAUGUCCAUGGAGCCUGGCCGCGUGCAAGCCCUGAAGCACGGCGUCAGGGUGCUGCGUGCUGUGGUGAUCGCCUUUGUGGUGUGCUGGCUCCCCUACCACAUACGGCGCCUCAUGUUUUGCUACAUCCCCUCCAGCCACUGGACAGAUUUCCUUUACAACUUCUACCACUACUUCUACAUGCUGACCAACGUCCUCUUCUACGUCAGCUCGGCCAUCAACCCCAUCCUGUACAACCUGGUGUCUGCAAACUUCCGACAGAUCUUCCUCUCUACGCUCACGCUCCUGUGCCUGCCGUGGAGGAAGAAGAAGAAACGACUGGCCUUCACCAGGAAAUCCAACAGCAUCUCCAGCAACCACACAUUUUCCAGCCAGGUCACAAGGGAAACAACAUACUGAAGCCAAAGGAGGAAGGGAAAUGCAUUUCAUCGUGGAGUCAAAACUCGAGAGAGGCCUCUGUGACUUUCAGGCAUGGUCUCCAAAUUCACGUAACACAAGUGUGUUUAGCAAAGUCAUUUUUGUUGGCAAAAUAGGCUUCAUUCUGCCAGUAACUUUGAGGUUAUUUUAACGCGUUGGCCUUGCCUCUUGUGAGUAAUGUCUACACAUUUUGUAACUUCGGUCUGGCAUAAAUCCAGGUGCAGUGCUAACUGGGAAGCCAAUGUAUGUUAAACGUAAGCAAAUUCA